AUGGCUCCAGAACGCCACCAGCCCAAGUCCAAGCUGCAGGAGUUCUUCCCAAAUACCAAGCUCCCCAUAAUCAUCUCGGCCCCCAUGCUCGGGGUGUCAAACGGGACCCUGGCCGCCCACGUGUCCAAGGCCGGGGGGCUCGGCAUCGUCCCGGGCGGGCUGGACUUCAAGCCCGGCAGCGCCCAGCUCGCGGCCCUCGAGGGCGAGCUCAAGGCCGCCCGCUCGGUGCUGGGCCUGACGGAGAUGACGCUCACCCCCGCGCCGGUCGGCGUCGGCUUCCUGACCUUCGACCCGUCCGCCGCCCAGUUCCGCGAGACCGUCCUGCCCCUCCUGGAGAAGUACCUGCCCCAGGCCGUGUGGCUGUUCGCGCCCGACCCCAAGACGGCCGAGAGGGCGCACCCGGCCAUCAUCGAGGCCUGCCACGACCACGGCAUCAAGGUGUUCGUCCAGGUCGGCACGGUGGCUGCCGCGAGGGAGGCGGCGCGGGACGGGGCCGACGUCAUCGUGGCGCAGGGCGUUGAUGCUGGUGGGCACCAGUUCGCUGCGGGCGCGGGGGUUGUCAGUCUUGUGCCUGAGAUUAGGGCCAUGCUGGAUGACGACUUUAUGGGCAAGGGCAUUGCGUUGGUGGCCGCGGGAGGAGCCGACGGUGUUGUCAUGGGCACAAAGUUCAUACCUGCGAAAGAGUCGCUCGCCUCUGAACGUGGCAGGAAGGCGAUUCUUGAGACUCGAGAUGGAGGAAGCUCAACCGUAAAGUCGACGUUCCAUGACCAGGUCAGGGGCACGACGUUCUGGCCAGAGCUGUAUGAUGGCAGGGCUAUUAUUUCGGACUCCUACAAGGACCAUCUCUCUGGCAUGUCUAUCGACGAGAACAAGACCAAGCUGGGCGAGGCUGAGCGCGCUGGAGACGCUUCACGGCAGGUGACAUGGGCCGGCACGGGUGUCGGUUUGGUCAAGGACGCAAUUCCUGCUGCCGAUAUUGUGAGGAACACGAGGGAGGCGGCGAAACAACGACUGCAAGCUCUCAGAUUUGCUUUCGACGACGAAGGUAAGGAUUCAAAGGACAAGUCGUGGGUCAAGGAGCUAGGUCACACUCUCUACAAACACAAGUGA